UUCAUAGUUCCUGUGAGUGCCUUAAAUGUCGUGCAGUUUUUUACUUGAACUCGUAGUGUCGCUGUUCACCUGUACCAUCAUCAUCUUUAACAUAUUACUUGUCUCCACCCUGUUGGUGAUGUAUUUGCACAACCAGCUUGUCUCGUAGACAACGUGAACCAUUCACUGAUCCUCGGACUUAGUGUAAUGUUAUCGAUUUUCGCUGUAUUUACAGUUUCUGUUGCAUUUUGUUUUAAUUUGCAUCAUCCCAAAUGGAUUUCCAAAGCUUUUUGGUAAAUGAAAGAAUGUGUGGCUUUUUGUUCUUCAUGAUCAUGGCGCACACCGCAAAUGGAGAUGUGAGCUAUUCCAUUCCGGAGGAGAUGAAGCGAGGAUAUGCGAUUGGAAAUAUAGCUAAAGAUCUUGGGCUCGAUGUAAACGGACUGUCGUCUCGUAAGGCUCGCAUUGACACUGAAGGUAACAGAAAACGAUACUGCGAUAUUAAUCUACAUUCAGGUGAUCUUAUUGUAGCGGAUAGGAUAGACAGAGAAGAUAUAUGUGAGAAGAAGGCUCCGUGCGUUAUAAAACAGGAGCUCGUGCUGGAAAAUCCAUUGGAGCUGUUCCGUAUCAUUCUCACUAUUGAAGACAUAAAUGAUAAUUCACCGCAGUUUACAGAAACUGUUAUUAAAUUCGAAAUAAGGGAAUCAUCGGUCAAAGGAUCUCGUUACUUGUUAGAUGAGGCCCACGAUGCGGAUAUUGGUGUAAAUUCAGUGCAGUCAUACACAUUACAAAAUAAUGAACAUUUUCUGCUAAGUGUCCUUUCAGCGGCAAAUGGAGGAAAAUAUGGAGAGCUCGUGCUGAAUAAAGAGUUGAAUCGUGAGCAGCAGAAAGAGGUGACUUUAAUUCUUACUGCGGUUGACGGUGGGACUCCACCGAGAUCAGGUACUGUAGCCAUACACGUCACUGUGCUGGAUGCUAAUGAUAAUGCUCCAGUCUUUAGUCAGGCCGUCUAUAAAGUCAGUCUGCCUGAAAAUUCUCCUGUAGAUACUGUAGUGGUUACAGUGAGCGCUACUGAUGCUGACGAGGGACAAAACGGAGAGGUGACAUAUGCAUUUGGCCAUUUGUCUGAAAACUUUAGACAGUUAUUUUUCCUUGAUGUGAAGUCUGGAGAAAUUAAAGUAGUUGGGAAUAUUGAUUAUGAGGAGAAAAACUCUAUCGAACUGCCAGUUCAAGCUAAAGAUGGUCAAGGGCUGGCAGGACGAUCUAUUGUAUUAUUAGAUGUUGUUGAUGUGAAUGAUAACGCCCCCAUUAUAAUAAUUAAAUCUCUGAAUAGUCCCGUUCCCGAGAAUGCGUCACCCGGUACAGAGGUUGGCAUCAUUAAUGUGCAGGACAGAGACUCUGAGAAUAACGGACAGGUGCGCUGCUCCAUUCAUCAAAAUAUCCCAUUUAAACUCGUUCCUUCAAUCAAAAAUUACUAUUCUCUAGUGACCACAGGUGAAUUAGACCGCGAGUUAGUGUCUGAUUAUAAUAUCACAAUUACUGCUACUGAUAAAGGCUCUCCCCCUUUGUCUUCGAUAAAGAAUGUUCACUUUACUGUAGCUGACGUGAAUGAUAAUCCACCUGUAUUUGAAGAGCAGAAUUACAGAGCUCGCGUGCAGGAAAAUAACAAACCGGGUUCCUCUAUUUGUUCAGUAUCAGCUACAGAUCCGGACUGGAGACAGAAUGGAACUGUAGUUUAUUCUCUGUUACCUUCUGAUGUCAAUGGCGCACCUGUUUCCUCCUUUUUAUCAAUUAACGGAGAUACCGGGGUCAUUAAUGCAGUGACGUCAUUUGAUUAUGAACAGAUAAAGAGUUUUAAAGUGCUGGUGUUAGCCAGAGAUAACGGUUCUCCUCCUCUGAGUAGUAACGUCACCGUGAGUGUCUUGAUAACGGAUGAGAAUGACAACACCCCUCAGAUAUUAUACCCCUCUCUGGAUGGAAACUCCUUCAUGACCGAGAUGGUACCCAAAGCUACUCAGGCGGGCUCCCUGGUGUCCAAGGUGAUCGCCGUGGACGCGGAUUCUGGACAGAACGCGUGGCUCUCCUAUCACAUUAUUAAAGCGAGUGAUCCGGGACUUUUCACUAUCGGUGUCCACAGUGGAGAAAUCAGGACACAGCGAGACCUUUCUGAAUCUGACAGCAUGAAACAAAACCUUAUUGUCUCAGUGAGAGAUAACGGACAGCCCUCCCUCUCUUACACGUGCGCAUUAUUUUUACUUAUAUCAGAUAACUUGGCUGAAGUUCCAGAACUGAAAGACAUGUCUCAUGACGAGAGCAGCUCCAAACUCACUUUUUAUCUGAUCAUCGCGCUGGUGUCCGUUUCCACUUUCUUCCUGACCUUCAUCAUCAUCAUCCUGGCCGUGAGGUUUUGUCGAAGGAGAAAGCCCAGACUGUUGUUUGAUGGAGCUGUAGCCAUUCCCAGCGCUUAUCUCCCUCCAAAUUACGCAGAGGUGGAGGGCGCGGGAACUCUCCGCAGCGCUUACAAUUAUGACGCAUACCUGACCACGGGCUCGCGCACGAGUGACUUCAAGUUCGUCAGAUCUUAUAAUGAAGGCACGAUGACUGCUGACCUGACGCUGAAAAAUACUCAAUCCGCUUUUAAUGAUCUUGAGGGACUUGAUGCGGAAAUUGUUGACUCGUUUAAGGUAUGAUUAAUUUGUUUUUCUUUUUAUAUCAUUACCGGUGUAAUGACUGAACGUCAAAUUUGCUUUUUUCCCUUUUUCAAAAUAUAAUUUUGCUCUUCUGAUAAAGAGGAAAUCAGUUAAGUUUCAGUUGAGUGCACAAAUAAUACACUUCUUACUUUUUUAGAUGGUAAAUUUGAAUUCUAAAAAGUAUUCCGUUAUACCUUCUUUUUUUAAAUACCAUUUAAAGCAGUUGUCGACCUUUGAGACGUUCCCUGUCGAUCCCGAAAUAUAGGCUAAUAGAAAAAUGAAUAGACAAUAAUGUUCAGUUUUGCAAGCGCAUCUCUCUUUCUAUUCAUUCAAUGGUUGUAUGUUUUUAAUUUCUGCAUGAAUCUUCUCUGUGUAAAUAAUGAUUCCCUGCGUGAGUUUUUAACACAUUUCAGUGUGAUGCGCGACUGCGCGUGAUCGCUCUUCAGUGUUUCUCUAAUGUCGGUGAUCACCGGUGAUGUAUUUUAAUGUUGAGCUUGUGUGAAAGACAACAGUCUCUUCACAAGGUUGUAAUUGUGAAUGAUCCGCGGGUCUGUCAGUGACGGUAAACUGCAUUUCAGUACAAUCUCAUGCGGGAGAUGACGUCCCUGCUGACAUCCUAUUUAUGAUUUCAAUUAGCUUAAUAUGAUAGCCUAUUCCAUUCUACAUUGUCACACAUUUGGCUAUUUUGUGAAACAGAUAAUUAUU